GCACACUCUACCCAAACUAGCCCUUGUCUCACGCGACUGGGCCGCGGUCGCUACAUCCGUUCUAUGGGAGACCAUGUCCGGUUUUGUUCCCUUCCUUAUGCAGAUGCCAGAAGAUGCUUGGGAAAUUCCUGACCGUGAUUGGAUCAGGGAGAACUUCGGCCCCAGGCUACUGGUAGAGUAUACCAGGUCUUUCAGAUUUACUCGCCCGCUUACUGCUUCUGACUGGGAGCCUGUCUACAAGUGCUCUCAUCGAGUCAAGAACUUACUGCUCUGCUACACCCCGCCCAAGAUAGCCAAGGCGCUUCGCACUUGCCCUCCGCCGCGGACCCUUUUUCCGAACCUUCGCCAAUGCAAUCUACUUGAUGGAGAAGUCUCUCCCGAGCUCGUCGAUCAUCUACUACCCCCUAGUCUCGCAUUUCUCGAAACCCAUGGACCGGCCGGGCUAUAUCCCGUCUUUCCCCUGACCCUUCGGUUCCCUCAUCUCGCCUCGCUCCAUGUAUCCUGCCCGGACAACAAGAUGGGGCCACAAGGCGUCCUCUACACUGUAGAUGCUUUGCAUGUCGCGCAGCAGCUCGAGACUUUGAGCAUUUGCGCUGGCGAUGGGCCUGCUGUCUUGGCCGCCGCGAGCGCUAGUCCGGCCAUCACUACCCUGCGCGCAGUGGGCAUUACAGACAAGAGCAUCCCGCCCUGCCUCUCAUCGGACUCAUUCUCGUCGUUGAAGGCUAUUCAUAUGUCUGGCCCCCACAGUAUACAAUUUGCUGUUCAGCUGCUGGAGUCCUGCCCUAUCCGACCUCUCCAGAGUGUUGCAAUCCAGUCAUCGCCAUGGGAGGCUCUUCAGCUUCCGCACCUGCUGCAGGUCAUUGCUCAGCGCUGCGAGGCGCGAACGCUGCGCGAUCUCAGCGUCGACGUCGAGCGGGACCUCCAAAUUCUCGGCCAAAGUUAUCCUGCGAGGGAAUACGACGAUACUCUUCGCCUAGAGCAUCUCGAACCCCUCUCGUCCUUCCGCCUGCAAGGAGUCCGCAUCGGAACUACGCGUGGCCCCAGUUUAACGGACGCAGAUUAUGCGACUGUUGCCUCUUGGUGGCCCAGCCUGAACGCACUUCGCCUCUCUUGUUCUUGCCACUAUCGCACCGACGGCGAUGUGCCUGCUGCCACACUCAACGCCCUCACAGCCAUCGUAAGCGGCUGCCCCGACCUCGAAUACCUCGACAUUCCCAUCGACGCGCGCGUCGUGCCGAAUGUGCCCUCCGUACAGCAUGGCAGCCUAUGGCGCCUGGGUGUCAAUGACGCCCCCAUUACGGAUCCCGAAGCUGUCGCUGCCUUCCUCAGCUCCCUUCUGCCCGAGCUCUACUGUCUGGAGUACGACGACGGUUACAGGGAGCCCGAUAGUGAUUUCGAGGAUGAUGUUCCGCCGCCAGAUCCAAACGCUCCGGAUGCGAAGCGACGGCAACUAUGGGCUAUGGUGCGGGAGACUAUGGGGGUUGAAGAGGACCCAUUAUGAGCUACUUGUGUAUGUAUA